AUGGCUAGCACAACUGCGUCAGUCGCGGAUAUGAUAUCGCAGCUUGAAGCAGCGCGUAAACUGGCACUUGCAGAUCCGCAAGUGUACAAUCAAGUUCUUCCCGGAAUCUUGCCCAUUAUCGGUCCGUCCGCGCAUGUCCAAGUUCGAAGAUGGGGAGCAGAUUUUCUGGCAGAAGGAUUUGCAAGUCCGUCCCUGUCAAAUUCACAAAAGGAACAAUUGUCGUCGGAGGUACUACCUGUUCUUCGAGCAAUGUUGGAGAAACCAGGGGAAGAUCCUGCGGUGGUGAAGAGUGCGGUUCAAGCAGCAGCUAGCCUAUACCCAUUGGUUUUCAAACGAGUCAUAUCACAUCCAAACGAGGCCGCAUUAUGGCAGGAUAUGAGCAGCAUCAAGUUGGACAUCCUCCAGCGCAUGGAUUCAGCCCCAGUUGCAGUCAGAAUAUGUUGCAUCAAGUUUGUCCAGAAAGUCGUGCAGGUAGAAACACCUGGAUUAAUCUCAGACCCUCGACGUCCGGACCAAAACGAGACAUCGAUUGCUCUGGUUCCACGAACCCAUCCUUUAUUGCAAUUGCCGAACCUAGAAGCUGAGGCAUCUGGUCUGUUGGACAGGUUACUGAGUGUUUUCCAAGAGAAUUCAAUGGAUCCUAUCCUUGUUGAUGCCACACUCAGUUGUCUGGCAAUCCUCAUUCGAAGUCGACCUCCAAUCUCGACCAAAAUCGUCUCUACAAUCCUCAAUUUCAAUCCAAUGAAACAGACCAAUUCGCCCAUGACCCCUCGACUGAUGGUCGUUGUUAAAUCAAUGGAAAGGACCACAAGAGCGUUGUUGAGAUGGGUUCUGCGAUCUGUCCCCAAUCAUCCGAUGGAGCAAAAGAUUCAGGCAUAUCUAUUGCGACUACAACAAUCGAGAUCGGCAUUGUUCUCGGAAACGACCGCCCAGAAACGGCCUGCAGAAGCUCUGGAAGGCGGUGAUGAUGCGAAAAGACAAAGACUUGCGGGUGGACAGCGUAAAUUUCCACCCAUGCCACCACCACCGAAUUCAUUUGCACACCUUUUCACCCUCACUGAGGAUCCUAGCCUUCAACAAUUUGAUGUGACGCUUCUCCCUGCCGACAUUGUCAGCACCGUAUGUGCUGUUUUCUUGCAACAUGUCGAUCCCAGCUCCCUGGAUGAGGCCAUCGAUGUGGUUCGAGCGAGAUACCAACAUUUGCAAAAGGUCAGCCAACCAACUCCCGUCCCUGAGGUGCCGAUGGCUGGUCCGACAGGGAUCGAUGAUGAAGACGACUACGACCCGGAGUUUGUUGCUACGUCAGAACCGGUAGUUGAGCCCACUACGGAGAGAGCCCUUGAAGAAUUGGCCCAACCAGCCAUUGAGUUGGGGCCUUUUGAAUUGCCUAAACCUCCCCCGUUGACCGGUGUAGAAGUUGCCUUGUUAUCAGAUCAAACCGUUGGCCACGUGUUUCAACUGGUGGCCUCUCUAGAUGCGGUGGGACAAUCACGCACCAAACAGAAGCUGGGUCUGAAUCGUCUCGCUGCUAGUACCAAUGACCGGGAUUCUUGGGUAACGAUCCUCAUGCGGCUGGCAACCAGAGCACCCUCCGGAUUGGAUGAUGUGGCCAGCGCCUUGACCGAUGGCGAUACACAUCCCCUGCUCAAGUCAGAAGACGCCGAAGAACCUAACCUGGCGAGUCGUAUCAGGCAGGCCCUAUUCAUGUAUAUUCUGGAUGAUUUCCGACCUCGCUUGAAUAUUGCCAUAUCCUGGCUUACCGAAGAGUGGUAUGCCGACAAAAUGACGGCGAAGAUCCAUCCGGAACUCGGAAAAACUCUCCCUAACUAUUCUCGAUGGGUAAAUCGACUGAUCGACCGCCUAUUACCUUACCUCGACGCCAGGGACAAGAAUCUACUGAUCCGAUUUCUGUCUGAGAUUCCGGCCAUAGAUCACGAAAUACUGGAUAAAGUCAAGUCUCUUGCACGAGACCCCGAGCGGCUCAACAUGUGUAUUCUUGCCAUGCAAUAUCUGUUGAUGAUGCGUCCACCGGUUCGGGAUAUGGUGCUUGACACAAUCGAGAGUAUCUGGCGUGAGGGCGAUACCCAAGCCAGGAAUGCUACGGCCAAAGUCCUAAUGAAGUGGAGGCCAGGGUGCCUAGAACAAACGGCACCAGCUAAAAAGGAAGAGUCGGUCGUGAAGGAGGAAACCAAGAUCAAUGGAUUGAAAAGUCCUCCCACCGUGAACUCGGAGUUGGUUGAUCCGAGGAAGAGAAAUGCGAGAAUGGCCGUCACCGCAGGGGAUGGUUGA